AGAAUGCACUGUCCUACAGCUUCAUAUCAAGUGCCACUACGCUCUUCUGGCCUUGCAAGAGUUCGACUACAUUCCAUUUACACUUCUGCGCUGUUUCCUUGCUUGCCUCCCGGAAGUUCAUUGAGUCCGUAUCUCAGAGCACUCGUGAAAUCCUUCCACAAUGGCCGCAGCAUCAGCGAUGAUGUCCGGAUCCGUGGUCUCGGCUCCCUCACGCGCCACCGAGCUGUCCUCCUCUGCAGCUUUGGGUGAUCGACAGGUCUCGUUUGCUCCUGUUCGCAACGCGACUGCGAGUCGGAGCCGCGUCGUGGCCGUGAAGGCCAACUAUUCCGAGGACGAGCAGCCCUGCUUCGCCAAGGUGGUUCUGGGCUCCGCUCUGGCAGCGGGUCUGGCCGUCACCCUGGCUGGAUCUGCCCUCGCCGCUUCAGGCCCUGGAGCCGACGGAGCCGAGCGCACGGCUCGCAAAGCCGACGAACUGCUGCAAGCUGCAGAUGAUUUUAUCAAGAACGAUUCUCCUCAGCGAUUCGGCCCGGAGAGGGGUCUCGGCAACGGCGUAGCCAAGGAGGAUGAAGACCGCUUCUCCCAGAAAGCCGGAAGUGGAGCCAUCCCUGAACUCCAGGACGCCACCAGCACCCAAAUCUCUGGAAUUCAGGCUUCGGGGACCCAGGGAUCCGUGCCCACCCAGACUGCACAAUGAGCUCCUCUAUGUGUCGAUUUGUACAAGACUUUGAUUUGUAUCGAUUAGUUGAUGUGUAGUAGGCUUUGAGAAGUAAGUCAUGCCAGAGUUUGGCAAAUUCGCAAGAAGACUUGCACCCACUUGUAACAUUGACAGCCAGUAAACGAGAACGCAAUUCUUUAUCGAACCACAA